GCGUCCACAUGUUGUUUUGAAGGAGGUUCCUGGAAUGUUUUGGACCUUCUCUGACCACGUGGAGGCUCAAGGUAACUUCUCAGCGUCACUGCGUGUUGAGCACCUGACGCAGAUAGCCCUGUCUGUGGCCUUUAAGUAUUAUUAAAACAGAACCGUGUUGUGAGACAUGUCCGCGGCAGGCCAGCCCACCAGGAGCCAGAACAUCCCGGCCGUGAGACGGGUCACCAUCCACGAUGCUGCCCACAUGCCGCAGGACUACUCCACGACCCCCGGGGGGACUCUGUUCAGCACUACGCCAGGAGGUACCAGAAUCAUCUACGACAGGAAGUUCCUCCUGCAGUGUCGGACGUCUCCCCUCGCCCGCACCCCCCCCAAUCUGCCCGACAUCCCCGGGGUCACCAGGCCGCUCAAACCCAACGACAGAAACCAGCCCGAACAGACCCCCCCCCUGCAAUAACUCCGACCACAGCCUGCUUACAGAGGAGAGCACAGACGACCAGUUUGAAAUGGAUAUCUGAAGAGCCUCUGCUGCAAGGAUAAAAGUGAUUCCCAACAUUUGUAUUUCUUUUUUUUAUGUCCAGUGACAUAAGAAGCAUAGUCUUACUGAGCCAGGUAAUCUUCCUUCAGAUUCGUUCUGAAAACGAGAUGGCAUUGUUUUGUUAUUGUAAUGCUUAAUAUGUGUAAGAAUGUUGUUUUCUUACGAAACAACAUGCAUGCAUAAUUGUUUCUUUACUUUGAAUAGACUUGACUUUGUAUGACCUUUGACAUAUUUGACAAGUAAGUCAAAGUCUUGUUGAAAUUAAACAAUCAAUAUUUUAUUUUA